CCUCGCUCUCACACAGCUACCAAUAGGAACAGGAAGCUUGGAAACAGGAAAAAAGUCCCUGAGAAGGAAGAAAAACUUGUGAUUGCGUUUUUUAAAAAAUGAGCAGAAUCUAUAACAACACGUCUUUACAGAACAAACCGGUGCACAAUGAGAGUUUUGACCGUGUGUGGUGUCCUGCUUCGUAUGAAAGUGGUCCUGGGGUUCUUCUAGAGGGGAAGCUGAUGGACGUUUCCAGACAUUCAGUCAGUGACAUCGACGGACAAAAGGUACGUUUCUACGUGCUGUACAUCAAACCCGGACGCAUCCAUCAGAGGAAAUUUGAAGCCAGUGGGAAGGAGGUGGAGCCGAACUUCAGCGACACCAGAAAGGUCAACACAGGCUUCCUUAUGUCCUCCUACAAGGUGGAAGCCAAAGGAGAGUCUGACCGUCUCACUGAGGAUCAGCUGUCGCAGAUGAUCAACAAAACUGAGCUGGUUAAAAUCACAGACCAGCUCCGACCUGCUGGGAGCUGGGCCUUUUGGUACCCAGAGUCAGAGAUGGACAAAACAGAGUUGGAAACGGGACAGGAAGUCCGACUGAAGACCAGAGGAAACAGUCCUUUUAUCUUCUCUUUAGCCAAAGUGGACAGCGGGACGGUGACCAAAUGCAACUUUGCUGGAGAUGAAAAGGCCGGCGCCUCGUGGACUGACAAGAUAAUGGCCAACAAAACAGAUGGCAGCAGCUCUCAGAGGCCUGGAGCAGCAGGGGAGGGAGCCGAGGAGGACGAAUGGGAUGAUUGAAGACAAGGUCCUGCUCCAUCCUGGGUUCUGAUCCAGUCUUCAGGGUUAAACGGUUUUCAUCCUGCAUCGAAGAUUGCAACUGCAGUGCUUUAAAAAAAUAAAUAAAUAAAAAGUAUAUUUUUGUUUUA